AUGGGAGAAAUUGGUAGAAUUGUGGCGGAAACAUUGAAACAAGAAUUGACCGACGAACAAUGUGUAUUUGACAAAUGUUUGCGAUUGGUUGGAUCGAAUCGAGAUUUGAAGACAAAUGAUAUCGGAUUUUGUCUUUUAGCGCGAAUGAUCAGCAGAUCAAAUUCAUCAAUUCUUCGAACUGUGCAAACGAGAUUAGCCAACAGAUUUGCGCAAAUUUCGCAGAAAACAACAUUUUCGGGAUGCCUUUUCACGCGAGAAUUGCUCAUUCGAAACCCGCAGGCUGGUGAAAUCCAUUCCCAACUGGUUUUCCGAAUUAUUGCAAACUGUAUCGAUCAGGCGGUUGAAUCUGAUGUUGAGGCUUCUCGAAUACUAGCAGCCGAGCUAUUCGCUCUCCGUGCCAACAAUCAAACAAUUGCCGAGCUUAUUGAAACACUUGACUCGCUUCUAUCCUCAAAAAAUGUGAAGUAUAACAAAAAUGGAGUUCUUCAAUUGUCAACUUUCGGAGUUUCUUCUCUUCGACCAACUUUAAUCAACAUCUUGUUUGAAUGUCUUUCAAUGGCUUUAAACUCAAUAACGAAACAAGGAGUUGUGAUUAAUCGGAAUAAUGUGAUCAAAGUGAUCGAAUUGGGAAUACGUGAUUCGAAUUCGCGACAAUCCGCACUCAUGUGUCUUCGUUCAAUUUGUAUCAAUGCCAAAUCCUCGACAAUUCCCAUGAUUGCCCGAAUCGUUUCCACAUUGCUUCGCGAUCUCGAGAAUCCUGAUGUCGAGCUCAUCAAGACGCUAUCUUUCAUUUCGACGACGUUUGGGCCAAUCACCUCAACAAUUUAUAGGCAUUUUUAUGUCAUUUUUACCGCCCUUCCAUCACCACUUCAUGAGCAGGAAUACGGUAUUCAAGCUGCUGAGCUAUUCUCGAGUAUUAUUGAAGGAGCUGGAGCACUUAUCAAGCCUGAGGUGUUUGUGACGGUUCAGAAGGCGGUUUGCGAGAAUGCUCUGAAAUUUGUGGACAGCCCAGUUUAUAUCAAAAUGCUUUCGUCAUUCCUUGCAUUAAACAAUGAAUAUGUGCCAUCGCCGCUUCAAAUUGCUCGAUAUGUGAGCCAUCGAACUCGCACCAUCUGUGAAGAUGCGCGUCGAUUGAAAUGCCUUUGCGAUGUUGCUUCUCGUCCACGAGUUUGUGACAUCGGCAGUGGAAAAACUAUGAAAUCGAUAUCAUUGAGAGAACAAUCGAAGAUUUCUGUGCAUGUUGAGAAAGAAAUGAAAGUUGAAGAAACUCCAGCUGCGGCAAAUCCGGUGGCCGAUUGCGAUGUUGUUGUUCUGGAAAGUGAUGACGAAGAAGAUGAGAACAAAGAACGAGAGGAAUGUCGAAAAAAAGAAAAUGAAGAUGAGGAUGAUGAUGGGAUAUUUAUUGUUGAGAAAACAGUGCCGGUUAAAAGAAAAGCGACGUUUGAGGAAAGAAUCGAACAGAAGCAAUCAGAGAAAAAGAAGAAGAUUUCCACUGAAACGACAAGCACUCUUCUCGACGGCGAAGCGACGACUGACGAAAUUCUCGAGUUGUUCGAUUUCUCUUAA